UGCCCCCCUUCGGGGCAUUCGAACCACAGCUGCCAUCGGAGCCCCCACCGAGCGGAGCAGGCCUCGUCCCUUCCGUGUUCUCUGCCCUGGGGACCCGGGCGGCCCGCACCCUCCCCUCCUCCCCAGCCGGCGCCCUCCUCCCCGGCCCAUGGGGACGCUCGUGGCAAAGCUGCUCCUCCCCACCCUCAGCAGCCUGGCUUUCCUCCCCACGGUCAGCAUCGCUGCCAAGCGCCGCUUCCACAUGGAGGCCAUGGUCUACCUGUUCACCAUGUUCUUCGUGGCGCUCCACCACGCCUGCAACGGGCCCGGCCUGUCGGUCCUCUGCUUCAUGCGCCACGACGUCCUGGAGUACUUCAGCGUCUACGGGACAGCACUGAGCAUGUGGGUCUCACUGAUGGCGCUGGCCGACUUCGACGAACCCAAGAGGUCGACCUUUGUGAUGUUUGGCGUCCUGACCAUCGCGGUCCGGAUCUACCACGACCGCUGGGGCUAUGGCGUGUACUCGGGCCCCAUCGGCGUGGCUGUCCUCGUCAUCGCCACCAAGUGGCUGCAGCUCAUGAAGGAGAAGAAGGGUCUGUACCCCGACAAGAGCGUCUACACCCAGCAGAUAGGCCCCGGCCUCUGUUUCGGGGCGCUGGCCCUCAUGUUACGAUUCUUCUUUGAGGAUUGGGAUUACACCUACGUGCACAGUUUCUACCACUGCGCGCUGGCCAUGUCCUUCGUCCUCCUGCUGCCCAAGGUCAACAAGAAGGCCGGAAGCUCGGGGCCCCCCGCCAAGCUGAACUGCCCCGCCCUCUGCUGUGCUUGCGUCUGACUGCGCGCCGCGCCUGCCCCCUGCCCCCUGCCAGCCCCUGCCCUGCCGCAUCUCCUGCCUGCGGAGAGACCCCCAUGGCCCCCCCGGCUCUGAGCAUCCGGGAGAAAUGUCUCCCCUCAGAGGGAUUUGGGGAGCAUCCUGCCGAGGGCUGCUGGGAGCCCACUUACUAGGUUUCUACGGAGGACAAACCACCGUGCUGGAAAGAAAAGGACUUCCUGCCCCGCUCCUGCUCCCCCACAGUCAUGGCCAGUCUGCGUCCACAGGACCCCACAGCCAACAUGUGUCCCCCCCCCCCGUCCCCCUUUCCUCCUCACGCAGCCACAAAGGGACUCUGCCCAUGUCCCCCUCACAACACCUGUCUCCUCCUGGGCCCUGGUUGUCACCGCUUCUGUCCUGUGCCCUCGGGCUCUGAGCAGACCCGUGUAGGAAGCCAAGGCCAGUGGGGGCCAGCUCCGUCCAGGCCUGCUGGCCGUCCCUCCAGCCGGGUCCCUGAAUCAAGCCCUGUCAGUAACGGCAGCCCACAGGAAGCUCCUCAACCCUUGACCUUCCUGUGUGCCAGAAGCCGUAUGAUCAUCGCUUCAUCUAAUUGGUAAAACAAGUCUGCAUUAAAGGAUGAUCACUCCCUUCUACAGACAGAAGCCCGAGGCGCAGGGUCCAUGGUGUGUCCGAGGCCUCGAGCAGGCGAGUGCAGACCCGGGCCAGGCCCACCGCCACCAAGCCCGCCCCCUCGCUGUGGAGCCGCCCACGGGCUGGGCGCGAGCACCUGUGUUGGCCCUUCGAGAGCGGGUCCACCCUGGGCUAACGGCCAGCGUGGGAAGGGGGUCUGGGCCCAGGGACACCCGCGCGGAGGCCGGCGGGCCCAGAGCCGGGCGCACGGGGCAGGCUUGCGGCAGUGCUGAGGGAGGGCGGCCGGCUCCCGCCUACAGCCCGUCUGCGCUGGGCCCCGCGAGGGCGGGAGCCGGCCUCCCAGACAUCACCUCACAAACCUGAGCCUCCCCAGCAGCCCCAGCCCACCCCAGCUUCCCGAAUGAUGUGGGCACA